AUGUUGUCUAAUCCGCUCCAUCGCUUUUCUCCGUACCACACCAUACCGUCCACCACCCUCCUCUCGAACGGUCAUGUCCCCAACCCUCACCUCCACUCUGGCCUUGAGGGUAUUCCCCAGGGUCCCCACUACGCCCUUCAGCAGCUCCAGCAGCAUGUCGGCGUGAACCCGCACAUGGCCCGGCCAGGCCCUCAACAGAAACACAGGCAGCAUCAUUACGGCCCUGCGACGAGAGCUACUGGAGCUGCCGGCCCUAUUAGGCGGAGAAUCAGCCGAGCUUGCGACCAGUGCAACCAGCUACGGACCAAGUGUGACGGACAGCAUCCUUGCGCUCACUGUAUCGAGUUUGGUCUUGGCUGUGAAUACAUCCGAGAACGCAAGAAGCGCGGCAAGGCUUCCCGCAAGGACCUUGCCCAGCAGGCUGCGGCCCAGGCUGCCGCUGCUGCUCAGGGUGGCCAGAAGCCCCAAGACGGUAGCCAAUCGAAUGACCAGCGAUCGAACAGCCCUUCGAGCACCAAGAACAUGCAGAAUGACGGGCAAGACCAGAAGGUCAUGAACGAUCUUCAAGAGGAUGCCAUGCAGCGCAGCCAGAGGACUGGUAGCCUUGAUACAAUCGGCGAGAUGUCGAGCCAGCAGCACAUGUCGGGCCACUCGAUGGACCGUGACCACCUUGAUAGCCCCACCGGACUUGAUCUUAAUGGCUAUGGCAACGUCCACACUGGCUACGAGAGGCAGGGAAUGGGCCACAUGAUGAACGGCCCUAGCCACGCAGGCUACGGCCCCAGCCAGGGCAAUAUGUCGAGCUACCCCGACCUCCCUUAUGGCAUCCAGACCCAGAGUCCCACCAACUUUUCCAACAACGCGGCUUUUCGCAUGGGUGGCGGUCCCUUGAGCGGCUAUCCGAUGGGAGCGGAGUCCACCUCUCCGGGCUGGAACCUCAGCAUGUCCUCGCCCCCGGCUCAAUUUCAAACCCACAUGCCUCAGCAGCCCAGCUUCCCUCAACAGUCUCACCACCUCCGGUACCCAGUUCUCGAGCCUCUCUUGCCUCAUCUUGGCAACAUCGUCCCUGCCUCACUGGCCUGUGAUCUAAUUGAUCUCUACUUCUCCUCUUCCUCCUCGGCCCAGAUCCACCCCAUGUCCCCCUACGUUCUCGGCUAUGUUUUUCGGAAGCGCUCCUUUCUCCACCCCACCAAGCCUCGACAGUGCGCACCGGCUCUCCUUGCCAGCAUGCUCUGGGUAGCGGCCCAGACCAGUGACGCCCAGUUCUUGACCAGCGUCCCUUCCGCACGCGGAAAGAUCUGCCAGAAGCUCUUGGAGCUUACUGUCAGCCUCCUCAAGCCUCUUAUUCAUACACCCUCGGGUGACGUGUCUCCUGUUUCAAGCCCCGUCAUUGAUGGCGUUGCUUUGGGAGGCCUCGGUGUUGCCCUUCCCGGCUCCAUCAGCAUGGAUGCCUUGACUGGUGAAUCCGGCGCCUUCGGCGCUGCGGGCACCCUCGAUGAUGUCAUCACUUACAUCCACCUAGCUACAGUCGUCUCGGCCAGUGAGUACAAGGGCGCUAGCCUUCGGUGGUGGAAUGCCGCCUGGUCACUAGCUCGUGAGCUGAAGCUCGGCCGCGAGCUCCCGCCCUCGCCGAAUGCGAUGAACCAAAACGGCGAGAACGGCAAUGAGGUGGAUGCGGAUGGCGAGGCGGACGAAGAAAUCAACGUUCCCGGUGUCAUCUCUGAGGAAGAGCGAGAAGAACGCCGCCGCAUCUGGUGGCUUGUCUAUAUUGUGGACCGCCAUCUUGCUCUCUGCUACAACAGGCCUCUCUUCCUCCUCGACAUCGAAUGCGAUGGCCUCAUGCUACCGAUGGACGAGACUUCGUGGCAGAAUGGCGAGUUCCGGGCCUAUACCAACGGUAACACCGACCCCAAUGUCCUCAAUGCGGGUGCCGGCGUGGGAACGGGCCAGAUUACCCGCAUCCGGGGGCCUCAUUUCGAAUGCACAGGUCACAGCAUCUUUGGCUAUUUUCUUCCUCUGAUGACUAUUCUCGGCGAAAUUGUCGAUCUUCACCACGCGCGAAACCAUCCGCGAUUCGGCGUCGGCUUCCGCUCUGCCCGUGAGUGGGACGAGCAAGCUGCCGAGAUUGCGCGCCAUCUCGAAGCCUACGAGAGAAGCCUCAAGAGGUUCGAACAGCAGUACCUCCGAACUUCGAACGGGGACGAAAAGGCGGAUUCCGGGGCCAAGGACAACAACGGAGACCUCGUCGGCAACAUCGCCGAGGGCGGGUCGCCUUCAGGCCACUCGGUCCACACCAACUCGUCGAGUCGCAUGACUGAAGGCGAUAUCCAGACCCGCAUCGUCGUUGCUUACGGUACCCACGUUAUGCAUGUCCUCCACAUCCUCCUUACGGGCAAGUGGGACCCCAUCAACCUUCUUGACGACAACGACUUGUGGAUUUCGUCCCAAGGCUUCAUCAACGCCACCGGGCAUGCCGUGUCCGCGGCGGAGGCCAUUAGCAACAUUCUUGAGUACGAUCCCGGCCUGGAGUUUAUGCCCUUCUUCUUCGGCAUCUACCUGCUCCAGGGUUCCUUCUUACUUCUUCUCAUCGCCGACAAGCUUCAGCUUGAGGCCUCGCCAAGCGUGGUCAAGGCGUGCGAGACCAUUAUCCGUGCCCAUGAGGCCUGUGUUGUCACACUCAACACCGAAUACCAGCGCAACUUCAGCAGGGUCAUGCGCAGCGCGCUCGCACAGGUCCGUGGCCGCGUGCCAGAGGAUCUCGGUGAGCAACACCAACGCCGCCGCGAACUGCUUUCUCUAUACCGAUGGACCGGUGAUGGAACCGGUCUAGCCCUUUAA